AUGUCAAACGAACUGCCUGCAUCGAAUGCAGUACCACCACUUCCAAAGAUCGAUCCGUUAAUCAUGCGACCAGUCACCAAAGGCUCGCAACAAGUCGCGGCGUCCUCAGACAAGGCCAUGGCACACCUCACUCGAGCCGCAAACGAAGAGGAUCUCUACCAGUGGAGUCGUCAACUCUCAUCCUCGAUCCCUCGUGAAACGCUCAAGAAGGCUCGAAAAGUUGUCGGCGCAGGCGUCGAUAGCACAGAGUUUCGCGACUUCGUCCAAGCCCACCACAUCUCUUCCAAGCCGGUAGAAGUCGUUCACGACAGCCCUGCGGGUUCGGAUAGCCAAGGCUCUGACUAUUGCAUUCAGUCCGCGCUGCCGCCUGUAGAUCCUCGGCCAGCGACUGGCGCAACCAACGUCGUGAAGCGUGAGAAGUCGACUGGCGGAAGGGCACCUCGCAAGGUGACAGAGGCAGAAGCAUCCUACUGGUGGUCGGGAAUGACAGUUGAGGAGUACGAGCAGAGUCUGACGAAGGUGACGACUGAGGUCGAAGAAGAAGAACAUCACGCGAACAGAGAAGAGGAAGACCAACAGGACGAAGAGGAAGACUUCGAGAACGAAGAAGACGAAGUUGUCAUCAUAACAGGAGAUGAGGACACCAAAUCAAGCUGGACACUACCUACGCCCGAGAAGAGUGAGAACAGUGUUUCUUCUGCUCCAAGCAUCGAUAGCGAGCAGGCACAAAACGCCGCCGAGGAGGAUACCAGCGAGCAAGUUGAAGACUCCAUCGCAGAAGAGGUUAGCACGCCGACCUUUGAACAAUGGGCAGAUCAACACGGGCUCGACCUGGACGACGAACUAGCAGACCUAGCGCGUUCAGGUGUCAACUUCAACGGAAAGCUGCUGGAGCUCGACAGCAGGACCGGUGUCUACCACUCUCGCAUCCCAAACGAGAUCGAUUUCACGUACACCCCAAAUGGCUCGACAACCGAGGUCGCCUUUAUCCUGAACGACUCCGGUUCUAUCGCCAACGCUAGGUCGUUCUGUGAAACCUCCCCAAACGCCCACGAAACCCUCGUAUACCCUUGGCAUAACCCACUGCUCGUCAGAGUUCAGUACCACAAGCCCAGCACUGUCUUUCCGGAUUGGCCGAUUGGUUUAGCAUUCGCCGAGACCUCUGCGCGCACACUUGGAGAUCUCGUCGAGAUUGCGCUGGCGAUGAGAUUGGGCGCUGGCAAGUGGAAGGCCAAGGGGUUCAAUUAUGAAUGGACAGAGGCGAUGGUGAAGAAAGCGAGGGAAGAGGGCAUGAUGCAUUUGCUGGGCAGUGUGGUAUACUCACGCUGGGCACAAGGAGACCCAGAGGAAGACGCUGCUCUUGAUGCUGAGCUGUUCGGAGGGAUGAAUGAAGAUGCGAAGCAGCUCCAGGAAGCCGUCAAGAGCCAAGAAAAAGCUGUAGACGCUGAGCAGGGCGAAGUCGCAAAAGACGGAGCAGAGCAGACUGCCGAAGAGGUCGCAGCAGGCCAGUCGGUGGAGGCGGAGUUACCAGAGACAGAUCUGGAGCAGGAUGCAGCAGCUCAGGACAUUGCGUCGGAGGCCAAGAUGGUGAUGCUCGCUGGGGUCCUGGGGCUUCUCCUUACGGCAUACAUGAUCCUCUACUGCUGA